CCCGAGUCGGUGUCUUUUUUCAGUGUCACCUCCUAUAUCCAUGACUCAGUCAGACCCCAGCAUGGGAGGAGUGUUUAGAGAAGUUUAGAUAAUUUUCCCUGUCUCAUAACAUAAUGUUCUUUUUUUCUGUGAGACACAUUUAUAAACCGUUCGCGCAGGUGAAUUUGGGACCGCGGACAGCAGUAAUGAUGGGACAGUUGUGCUGGAUGUAGGCUAUUGCCAAUGACAAGAUGGAUAUCACUGGGAUCCUCUCUAUCGCUAUUGUCUAUUAUUUCUCUAUUUGUGUCUAUGGCGAGGCGGGACCAAAUAUUGUCAACAUGAAAACCCUGCAGAGCUCAGGCCCUCUGUCCUGCUCUGAGGGUUUCACUGAACUGGGUUAUUACAAUGGAUCUGUGUCUCAGACGGACUCUGGCUCUUCCUGUCUUAAAUGGACUGAUUUUCCAGACUACAUGCUGCAAUAUCCCAACCGUGGGCUGGGCAACCACAACUACUGUAGAAACCCUGACCGUGAGUCUAAUCCCUGGUGCUUCUUCAGACAGAGGUCAGGAGCCAUUGGGUGGACCUACUGCGACUGCCACCAGGGUGCAGUACGGUUGGUGGGGGGUUCGUCCAAUAAGAGUGGCCGCCUCGAGGUGUACCUGAAUGGCCAAUGGGGAGCAGUAUGUGGCACCCACCUGACUGACCGAGAUGCCAGUGUAAUCUGUGGACAAUUGAGGCUUGGUGAAUUUGGCACUGCACUUCGGCACUCCUACUUUGGACCUGGUUCUGGCCUCUUCCACUUUGAACGUCUUGGCUGCCAUGGCAAUGAAAAUUCUCUGCUGGAGUGCCGGAGUCGGAAAUAUGUCUCCGGCGACUGUAACCAUGGCAAUGAAGCUGGAGUGGUUUGUGAUGUACCUAAGGGCAGUGGUGCCCCCCUAAGGCUUGUGGGAGGACUUGAGGAUUUUGAGGGGCGUGUGGAGGUGUAUCAGAAUGGGAGGUGGGGCACUAUCUGUGAUGACGAAUGGGAUGAUAUUGAUGCUGAAGUGGUCUGCAGACAGUUGGGAUUGGGUGGUGUGCCAAAGGCGUGGACAUGGGCACACUUUGGGCAGGGCACCGGGCCAAUAUUCCUGUAUGGGGUGCACUGCACAGGAAAUGAGCUCUCUCUUGAGGAAUGUCCUCAUGCUCCUUGGGGUCAGCACAACUGUGACCAUAAGGAGGAUGCCGGAGUCUCAUGCAACCCAUAUACAGAUGGAGUGUUGCGUCUAGUAGGAGCUGAUAGCCCGUGGGAAGGGCGCCUUGAGGUAUAUCAUGCUGGACAAUGGGGCACAGUGUGUGAUGACAACUGGACUGGACGCCAUGCCCAGGUGGUGUGUCGACAGCUGGGUUACCGAGGGCGUGCUGAGCUGGCUCCGGAUGGGAUGUACGGGCAAGGCACAGGGCUGAUCCUGCUGGAUGAGGUGAAAUGUGAAGGGGGAGAGAGCUCUCUGCUGGACUGUGCUCAUGAUGAGUGGGGGAAGCAUGACUGCUCCCACAGUGAGGAUGUGGGAAUACGCUGUGAGAGAGAACGUGAGAACAAUGAAAUCCCUGAAGUGCCUCCUGUCACAGGUCCACUUGUAAGGCUGGUUAAUGGCGAGAGCCGCAAGGAGGGCCGUGUGGAGGUGUUUAUUAAUGGCGAGUGGGGAAGUGUGUGUGACGAUGGUUGGGAUGACAUCAAUGCAGGCAUAGUCUGCAGACAACUGGGAUUCAUUGGUUCCUCCAAGGCCCGUUCCAUGGCUUAUUUUGGCGAGGGUCAGGGGCCCAUCCAUCUGGAUAAUGUGAAGUGUGUUGGGACAGAGGCUUCAUUGGGGGAGUGUUCAGCUCUAGGCUUAGACGCCCAUGAUUGUAGACACAGUGAAGAUGCAGGGGUCAUCUGUGACUACAUUACUGAGCCCAUUAAAUACAAGCAGGAAUGUGGUCUGAGACUCAACACACAAAGGCGGCAGAGAAGGAUAAUUGGAGGAGACAAUUCUCUACGGGGGGAUUGGCCGUGGCAAGUAUCUCUAUGGCUAAGGUCUCAAUCAAAAGGCACCCAUCCGCUUUGUGGGGCAACUCUCAUCGAUUCCUGUUGGGUUAUAACUGCUGCUCAUUGCUUUAAGAGGUUUGGCACAGACCCCUCCCGUUAUGUGGUACGGCUUGGUGACUACCACACAGAGGAGAGGGACGACUUUGAGCGCACUCUCUCUCCCGAACGCAUCGUAAUCCACAAGAGGUACCUCAGCCAGGGCUGGGAGUAUGAUAUUGCCUUACUGAAGUUGAAGGGCACUGAUGGGAACUGUGUGGCCUUUAACCCACACACUAAUGCAGUUUGCCUUCCAGCUCAGGGCAACAAGAGGGGCAAGAGGCCCACUGCAUGCGUUAUCACUGGCUGGGGAAUUACAGACUCCGAGUACUCCCGAACACUGCUGCAAGCCUGGGUUCCCAUACUGCCCUCCUGGAAAUGUAAAAAAUGCUAUGGCAGUCGCUUCACCAGCCGCAUGUUGUGUGCUGGCAGCUUAUCAAACCAUCGCCGUGUGGACAGUUGUCAGGGUGACAGUGGGGGGCCACUGGUGUGCCAGGGUGAGGCUGGGCACUGGAUGCUCACAGGAAUCAUCUCCUGGGGUCAUGGUUGUGGUAACCCCACCUAUCCUGGUGUAUAUACACGUGUCAGCAGGUUCUUGAAGUGGAUUGAGAAGGUCACUGACAGCUCUGCCAAAGUGUGAUGUUACAAUGUUGACAUUAGAGCCACUUAAUGCAUUGUACUGUACAGUAUAUACAUAAUGUAAUGCCUCUGAGGGUUUGCCAGCUGGCCAAUAGCUAAAAAGCUGGUUUGAUCUUGUUUUAUGUGUUGCACAUUUUACUACUUGCACCAUGUCAAUUCAAUUAUUUUUUCUACACUUGAAGAAACAUUCAUGAAAAUGCACAGGAAUGUGAAGCCACAGAUCUCAGAAGUGGGUGAGAUGUUUUUUGAUGGACAGCAGCUUUAAAGGGAUAGUUCACUAAAAAAUGAAAAUUCUCCCAUCGUGUAUUCUCACUCAUGCUAUCCAUUUCUUUUUUUCUGCUGAACACAAGCAAAAAUUUUUAGAAGAAUAUUUGAGCUCUGUAGGUCCAAAAAGCACAUAA